AUGGAGUCGCUCCUCGCCUCUUUGCAGUGGGAGAGCGAAGCGGUGCCUCUACCAGGCUCACACAGCACACUCCCCAAGGAUGGCCUCCCACCUUGGCAACACAUCAGUGAGGUGAUCCCUGGUCUCUACCUUACUUGCGCGUCGGAGAUAGCCGAUAAGACAAAGUGUGUUGCGAUGGGCAUGUCUCUUGUGAUCAACAUGUGCGGCGAAGAUAAUGUUACAAAGUACCGCGUCUUUGAAAAGGAUGAGGGGGCAACAUAUGCAUUUCGCAGGGUUGAUUCGCAGGAAAACUUUUUCUGUGAACUGAACACCUACUGCCGUGCCGCAGCAACGACCUCAAAUGCGCAAAGAAGGGUGUUUGUCGUUACCAUUCCGGCAGAGGAUACGCCAACGUAUAGCAUCGACCAGCACUUUAUGGAGUGUGCGGUGCUUAUGGAAAUUGUUUUGCAGUCUAGAAAGAACUACAAAGAAGUUAGGGAGGAGGACUACACAGCUGUUCCAGCUGUGGCAGUGCACUGUAUGGUUGGCGUAAGUCGGUCGGCUUCCAUUGUGGCUGCCUACUUCAUAAAGAAAUACGGCGUGUCUCACGACGAUGCCAUACGCUUGAUCCGCUGCACCCGCCCCAUAGUCCAGCCAAACCUGGGGUUUCAGCGGCAACUCUCCUUCUGGGAGACUCUCCGAAGCUACCGCAUUGUUGACGAAUGGUCGGCCAAGGUGCUUGCUAUGGAAACAAAAAACAAAUCGAAUCUUCUCGACAUAGCAAACACAAUGUUGCCAAUCAUCUUACGGACACACAAGUGUGAAACUGACCGUCGCUACUUCGGGUCGCUCAUCAAAAAUGCUGCGGCGACGGAAGCGGAGCUUCACAGUGUAUACCGGGAGCUUCGCUCGAUUGUCGCAGCGGAUGUCGACAGUGAAGUCUACACAGAUAUUCCCAACUACUUCAGCUACGUUGCCGAAGUUGUGUGCAGCAUCGAUUGCGCCGCUUCAGCAGUGCUGCAAUACGCCACAGACCUUUGUGACUCACCUUCGCAUAACGAUGCGUUUUAUUACCGCGUAGUGAAGGACGUGGCUCACUCCGGUUUUGAAACAGACACGUUCAACACCAUUCGCUGCUUUUGCUCGCUUUUCGAAGCCAUUUAUGUCAAGCACCUCUGUGUUCGCGACUCUGGCCACCCUGCAGUCUUGAGCUCGAGAACGGGCGCUGCGGCGUUGCCGUCAGCGUGCGCGCUUUCAUUCCCCUUUUUGUUUCUUGUUGCGCCGUACGCAGAAGGGUUUGUGCAGUUUAGCGAGUGGAACGAUUUGGUCAAUGAAUUCGAGACCGCGGGUGACGCACUAAAUGCAGCUGACCUGCGGCAACUGAAAAGCAAGACGGUGCGCCUGUUUCUUCAGUUCUUCUUUCAAUCUUCGUGCUUUGAGGAAAGAUCUGCCGCGAAAGAGAGCUACACUAAGCUCGGUUUCUUGCAAAAUGAUGCUGAGGUGUUGACAUUCAGGGCAGUGGAGUCGCAGCUGAAGACUGACGGCGUUUCCAUUGCUUCACUCGAGAGCGUCGUGGCGGUUUCCCAGCCAGCGGAUAGCCACAUUGCGUUUCUCCUCUUGUGUAAAACGUUGAGCGGAAUAGUCGCGUUUCGCCUCCUUUUGGAGGCUGCUGAGCAGUUUCUGUCUCGGACAUACAGCGCGCGACUGGCAGAGAGUGUGCCGCUUGCUGACGAAUUUCUGCCGCUAUCUGUGAUAUCUUCGGCGGUCGUGUCACUGGAAAGCGCGUACACAGCAGCGCAUUGCAAGCCAUGCAAGGCAAGGGAGUUCUUCAGAGGUGAACUUUCGAGUCUUUUGAAGGCAGGAGUAUUGAAUCCUACUGGCGUAGUGGCGCUCUUUCAAACCUUGUCGUAG